AUGAAUUUAGCCCAAGAACUUCUGUAUCAUUGCAUUGAUGGAAUUGCUGUCAGCAGACACAAAUCACUAGUCCCAAAUGAUCCAUCUUCUACUGUUGAAAAUCUAGAACUUGAUUCACAUAAAACUUUAGGAAUUGUUGUAAAGCUGAAGGAACUUUCUGUAAUACAAGCCCAUGGUCAAUUUCCAUGUGAAAACUUGGUGGACAAAAAUCAUAAACACAUUGAUUGGAUGAAAGGAAAUCAUUUGAUUAUAAAUGGCACAUCAGCAAAAUUUGCAGAUUCAUUUGUUGUUAGAGACAUCCUUGGCUGCAACAAACAUCUCUUAGAAGCAUUUCAAAACAAACUAUCAAUUAAUGCACAAUUAAAGAUUUCCAUAAAGGAAAUAAACAAAAAUCUUGAGAGUCUUUAUAAUUCAGAUGGACUUUUUGCUGACUAUCAUAUUGUAACAAUUCUUUUUACUACACAACCAUUUGAUGGCGAUGUUGCAAAUCUUGAUGAAGAUUUUUUACUUAUUUCAAAAGAAAACUUUGCAGCAUAUUUUGGUCCAAAGCCUUAUAAGAGUGAAGAGGAUCUGUUCAACAAACAUCCAAGAAUCAAGAAUGCUAUGGAUCAAUUUCCAUCUGCAAAGAGACCUAAAUUAAGCCUUUAUCCAUUUAACCUUGAAUAA